AAUCAAUUCGAAAUGUCUCCGCUUUCAAAAGUAUUGCUCUUCAUCGCCGCAGUGCUGAUCACGGUUGAUUGUAGAGCAACUAUUUCAUCUGAAGAUAUUCUGGAAGCUAUGAUGAAGUUGGAAGAAGUUACGGAUGCGUCGAUCGAACGCAAUUUGAACCGUCUGAUGGAAUCUCGUAAAGAAUACGACGUGGUGAUGGGUGGUAAUCUGAGGAAUGCUCUGAAAAAGAUGCGGGAAAACGUGCGAAACUCUAUCGACCGUUUGGAAAAUCUAGAAUCUGAGGCUGGUGUCGAUGUGAAGGAAUGCACUGAGGAUGUAGGAAAGACUAUAAGUCGAAUCCCAAUUAUCCCAACGAAGGAUAUGUUUUUAUGCAUGAACGCAGAGGAGAAAAAUGUUAAUCAAGUGACAAAGAAGAGUCAGGAAAGUGUGAAGGAUGUGGAGAGAAUUGUGGACGAGUUGGAAACGAAAGCUACAAACUGCGGAGAUGAACAAUGUCUGCAGGAUGUCCUCGUUGAAAUCCUGGAAACGAUCGAAUCGUUACCAACGAUAGUGAAUGUUAAAGGCAAUGCAGGUGUUAGGGCCAUUGAAAACGUCCAAUCCAGCAUGAUAGAGUGUACUUCGAAAACUAUAAAUUUGGUGGAGGUUAAGAUCUGGGCUGUUGAGUAUCAUGCAACAAAAUGCAUAGAAGAGAAAUCAAACAAAUAGAGAAAAAAAAAACAUAACAAUAAGAAAUAUUUAUU